AAAUGACACAGCAUGUGCUUGAGCUUGGUAGUAUUGGUAGCGAGCUGUAGUUGAGCAUGGCUAUCCCUUAAGAAGGUGACAGUGCUCUUCCCCACGUUUUCCACCCCAGGUUUUCGGAACGACGCGCGCGGGGCCACGCCACUCCUAUUGAAGAAUUUUCACGACUUCAACUGCUCUACACCACACCGAUCUGUUCAGAUCUUGCCUCAAGAUGGCAACAUCUGUCAUCGCCUCGGAGCCUAACCUCUCCUCGGUCGAAAAAGGAAACAUCAUUUACGAGACUCAUGGCAGCGAUCGAUCUACCGAGGAGUUCACAUGGACACAGGAAGAGGAGACUGCUGUUCGACGCAAGCUGGAUAAACUCAUCGUACCAGUAGCAACAUUCCUCUACUGUCUAUGCUUUCUUGACCGGGCCAACAUAGGCAACGCUCGGAUUCAGGGUAUGGCAACGGAUCUCAACUUAGUUGGUGUCCGCUUCAACUGGGUCGUUUCCAUCUUCUACAUCAUCUACAUGUUGGUCGAGGUACCCAGCAACACGAUUCUAAAGAAGAUUGGUCCAAAGUACUAUCUCCCCAUGCUGGUUGUUGGGUUCGGACUUGUGUCCCUUUGCACAUCAUUCGUCCAAAGUUUCGCAGGGCUGUUGGUUGCACGAGGAUUCCUUGGUAUCUUUGAGGGAGGUGUCAUGCCCGGACUUGCGUUCUUCAUCUCUUGCUUCUACAAGCGAAACGAGCUCUUGCUACGGAUUGGCAUUUUCAUUUCCGCCGCCUCCAUAGCGGGAGCUUUCGGCGGUCUUCUAGCUACAGGGCUUGCUCGCAUUCCUCCAUGGGGUAUAGCCUCGAUGAAAAUUCAUACCUGGCGUAAUAUCUUCUUCUUCGAGGGGCUUUUUACCGUCUUGGUGGGUUUGGCUGCGCCCUUCGUGAUGCCAACAAGUCCGCAAGGUUGCUGGACCUUGAACGAGCGAGAACGGAGGAUUGCCUCAGAACGACUCAUCUCGAAGACUGGAACACAUGAGAACGAGAAAGUACGACCUGAACAUUUGAAGCGGACAGUAUUCAACAUUACCAACUGGUUCUGUGCUUUCGGCUUCCUUUUCAUCAACAUCACUGUGCAGGGAGUCUCUCUCUUCAUGCCCACUAUACUGAAGGACCUUGGUUGGACGGCCACAAAAGCGCAGUUGUACUCGGUACCUCCAUACGUUGUCGCAUGCCUCGUUGCAAUUGCUAUCGCUUUCGUCUCAGACAAGACGAACCGCCGCGGUAUCUACUUGGCAAUGUUUAGUCUCCCAGCUAUUGCAGGCUUCUCUAUCAUGAGAUGGGCGACUGACCCCAACGUAAAAUAUGCUGGUAUCUUCCUGAUCACCCUAGGAGCCUUCCCUGGAGGACCAGGCUUUUUGGCUUGGGCAGUCAACAAUGCGGGCAACCCAUCUGUCCGCGCUCUGUCUACAGCUUAUGUUGUCACCUUGGGAACCGCGGGAGGCAUCAUCUCCACAUGGACAUACCGCACGGCAGAUGCACCGAAGUAUCACACGGGCCAUAGCAUUAACCUGGCAGGCCAAAUCUGCGUUCUGUUGCUAUCGUCUGGCGGCAUUGCCUAUUGCAAGUGGGAGAACAGGCAGCGCAGCCUAGGCAAGCGGGACCACCGUCUGAAUGGACUGAACGAAGACCAGGUCAAGGAAUUAGGCUACAGACACCCUGAGUUCCGAUUAAUUCACUAAGCCUAAGCCUGGUACUGUGUAGAUCCUUAUCUCCCGGCAGCACAAUACUGGAAGUCGCGCCUCUGUGCCACGAUAGCUCGUGAUCCUCUGAUGGGCCCUACCAUGCUUGCUGACCUACGCAACAUCCCUUGCAGAUUACUGGCAACAACAACCCAGGUUGGUAUGGGAGCCUUGUGGCUAGACUCCUAUCGGUAUUUGCCGAGCAUGCAUUUGCGUCAAAUCACAGGUCUAGCAUUGCAGCUUGUAGGAGCCACAGCUUACUUUCCGCGUUCACAAUUGGGUGAGAUGCCGAGUCACACAACCCCCAUAGUACCAUG